UGCCCCAUCCUCCACCCACCACUACAAAGUAACCCCACUUCUUUUCUUCUUCUUCUUCUUCUUCUCUCAUCCCUUUUUCUUAAGAGAAAAAAAAAAGGGUUUGCAAAGAAAGUUUCUCUUUUCUUUUUACCAGAACAGCCUCUAAAUGAUCAAUAUUGAUCAAGAAACAACAGUUAGAGAAAUCAAACCAAAAAGCAGAAGAAUCAUGGGAGGAGGAGGUCCAAACGAUGAUGAUGAUAAAGCGGAUGUGAAGUGGCCACCAUGGCUGCGUCCACUGCUUCAAACGAGCUUUUUUGUUCAAUGCAAGCUCCAUGCUGAUGCUCACAAGAGUGAAUGCAAUAUGUACUGCUUGGAUUGCAUGAAUGGUGCUCUUUGUUCUCUUUGCCUUGCUUAUCACAAAGAACAUAGACCUAUUCAGAUAAGGAGAUCUUCAUACCAUGAUGUGAUAAGGGUUUCUGAGAUUCAGAAAUUCUUGGACAUAACAGGGAUUCAAACCUACAUUAUCAACAGUGCCAGGAUUGUCUUCUUAAAUGAAAGGCCACAGCCUAGGCCUGGCAAAGGUGUCACCAAUACCUGCCAAGUCUGUGAGCGUAGCCUCCUUGAUUCCUUCAGCUUCUGCUCUCUUGGUUGCAAGAUUGUUGGGACAUCCAAGAACUUCAUCAGGAAAAAGAAAAUGUGCAAGGAAACAGACGGGUCUGAUGCUGAGUCAUUGAGUGGAGUGAACAGUGGGAGUACGAAGAGCAAAAUACAAAGCUUUACGCCGUCGACGCCGCCCCCAACGGCCGUGAAUUACAGGACAGCCAAGAGGAGGAAGGGAGUUCCUCAUCGAGCUCCAAUGGGAGGACUCAUUAUAGAAUACUAAUACAAAUAAAGCUUCUCUUAUUCUUCUUUACUCAACUGAUAUACACUCUUCCCCACCUAGCCAUGUCGACAUCUGACCCGUCA